AUGCCGAGGAAACUUUCUCUUGGUUGUGUUAGGGUUCUUAAACUGAAAGUGCAUUUUCAGACGAGCCGUCUUGUCUCUCUUAUUCUUUGUUUGAUUGCGAGCUCCCCUACCUUAGAGAUACUCGAAGUUCGGGUUCAUAUAAAAGAUUUGGUCAGUAACGGUAUUGAUUAUAAUGGACAAUUAUUUUCUAAAAACGGGGGGACACGGAAACUUUUGAAAUGUGCUCAGGGUGAGCAGUACAGAGGAUCGUUCACAGAUUCAGAUUUGUUUUCAAGAAAAAAUACGAAAAUGAAGGCUUGCAAAUGCACUUUCAAGAUUAUGGUUAAAUUAAUUGGGAACGCAUGGAUUAUUCUUACGAAGCCUCGGAUCUCGAGUAUGCACAAUCAUCCCUUAACUGUGUAUCCUGAGGGAUACCAUCAGAUGAGAGGACUGAGUGUUGCGGCUAAAUUGAUUGUGCGGGAUAUGAGUGCGGCACAAGCUAAGUCGCGAGCUAUUUUGGCGACUUUGCAAGAAACAAUUCCAUCUGACAACCCUACAAGAAGGCAUGUGUACAACUAUAGAGAUAAUUUGAGGAAGUCCAGCUUUGAGGAUAGAGAUGUGGUAGGUCAGUGUUAUCAUUUGGCUCAGACGCACAACUAUUUACAUUGGACGCUUGCUGAGGAGAGCACAGGUGUGACUAACAAGUACCACAUGCCUUUCUUUGAGAUUAUUGAGAUAACUCCUUCCAACAAGAACUUCUAUGUUUCAUAUGCAAUUAUGAAGUAUGAGACUGAUGGGAGCUACAGUUGGAUAUUGGAGAGGCUAAGGUUUUUGAUUGGCGACCACGUGCAGCCGACCGCUAUUCUUGCUGAUCGGGAGUUGGGGCUGCUUAGACCAGUGAAAGAGAUAUUCUCACAUACUUCUCAUCUACUUUGUACGUGGCACAUAAGUAAGGAUGUAGAAGACAUAGUUUCCAGAUUAUGUGGGAAAGACAGAGGAUUGACUGAAACUUUCAUGAAUACGUGGAAGAAAAUUAUUAAGGCUCAAACAGAUAAACAAUAUGAGGCAUCUUUGACCACCAUGAGAGAUCGGGUUAGAGCAUUUCCAGCAGUGAUACUAUAUAUUGAGCGGAUUUGGUUGAUGCACAAAGAGAAGUUCGUAUCAUGCUGGACGAACAAAGUCCUACAUUUUGGACACACCACUACGUCGAGAGUGGAGAGUGCACAUGCUCAGCUAAAAUAG